AUGAGCAAACUCGACGAUUUGCUGUCCAAAAAGAAGACGGUGGUGCCCGUACUGGACCUCAGUAGGAGCAAUAUCCAGACCAUCGAAGAGUUCAAGCGGCUUUUUGAAAAGGUGCCCGACUAUAAGAUGCGACCAGUCAAAGUGCGCGCCGAGGAAAUCAAAAUCCGGGAAAAAGACUAUGCCUUCAAAAUGCCCAAAAAGGAGAUGCGUAAGCUUAUGAGAAGCAAUGGCGAGCGAGAGGCACUCUACACCUACGCAGAUCCCGUGCCUGGUGAGAUGAAGGAUGUGGUGCUCAUGGAGCUAUGCGCGGUGCCCAUCGAUUGGAAAAUGUUGACCACAUUGCGACCCAAGAACAAACAGGAGGAGGAGUACUUCAGCCGUAUGGUUGAAAUGGGAAAGCUGGAGCUGAAGACAGAGGCACGGGAUCGUAGGGAGUUUGCCCUGAACAACUGCGUCAAGAAGAUCAAGAACAAGUCGGGCAUUGUGGAGACACGCCUGAUGACCUGCGAGUCCUGUGGCGAGGAAAUGUGUUGCGGCAAGACAUGCGGGGACUUUAACUACGAUUUGUACAUCCGGGUGGAGGCCAGGGUGGUUAAGCCCAAGCCCGCUGCUGUAUCCUCCAACAAGGCCAAGUUAAAUGGCCGAAAGAAGUCGUCGGUGGGCGGAACCAAGAUCAAGGUUAAGAAAUCCUCAAACAAGACCAGUUAA